GCCAAUCAGAGCCUCGAGUUGACUCUCAAAUCAGAUGGGAGGGUUCAUCCGGGAGCCAGACUUCCGUUCCGGUUCAGUCCCCUCAAGCACUGCAUCUGGGGCUCUCCGGUGGGCAGAAAGUCUGUCAGCUUGGCGGCUGCACCAUGAAUGCAGUGACCUAUGAUGACGUGCAUGUUGACUUCACUUGGGAAGAAUGGACUUUGCUGAAUCCUUCCCAGAAGAGUCUCUACAAAGAUGUGAUGGUAGAGACCUACAGAAACCUCACUACUAUAGGAUAUAAUUGGGAAGACCAUAAUAUUGAAGAACAUUGUCAAAAUUCUAGAAGACAUGAAAGGUAA